CUUAAACCUGCCUAGCAAUCCGUUUUUAAGUUUCAAUUCUAAAUUCUUUUCAAAACUUGAAAAUGAAGCAAUUUUUGUAAAUUUGUACAUUAUAAGAUGGUUAAAACUAGUGCGCACGAUGAGUGACAUUGAUGACGUGUUUGCCGUACUGGGUUUUGGCAAAAUGCAGUUUAUUGUUUUAUUCUGCUGCCUUGUGCUGCAGAUAUGGAUAACCAACGAGCAGCUGGGCAUCGGGGUGGUGAUUGCUGGGGCAACCUGUGAGCUGGAAAUCCACGACCAGAGACUGGCCUGGCUGAUGGCGGGAAACUUCUCCGCCCAGAUGAUCUCCUGUUUUUUAUGGGGCCAGAUGUCGGAUGUUUACGGAAGACGCAGUGUGAUAUUGACCACGGCAAUCGGCUCAAACAUAUUGUCCAUUCUGUCGGCCUUUAUGCCCGAAUACUGGUCAUUCUUAAGUCUGCGAAUGCUGGCGGGUUUCUUUCUCUCGGCCUCCGUGGUCUGUUGUCUGACCUACUUGAGUGAAUUCACCAAGAUUUCCCUGCGGCCCAGAGUGCUGACCAUUAUGAGCUAUGCCAUUGGCAUGAGCCUAAUCUAUGUGCCGUCUCUGGCUGGAGCCGUGUUGCCUCUGCAGGGCAAGCCCAGUGGCUGGCGCAUCCUGCUGCUGUGCAACCAAGUGCCUGGCCUCAUUGGAAUCAUUACUCUGAUCUUCCUGCCCGAGAGUCCCAAGUAUUACCUGUCGGUGGGCAACCAGGAGAAGGCCAUGAGGGUCAUGGAGAGGGUCUGUCGGAUGAACAAGGGCAAGAAUGUCACCCUGGAGAGCUUGGGUGUGGUCUCGCUCACCCAACCUCGCCUGCGCCACAUGUCAAGGCCUUUCGACCCGUGCCACGAUAUCAAGACUCUUAUGACCAAAUAUGUCAAAUUCAUGUGUAUUUUUAGUUUCGUCUUCUUUGCCCUGUCUGGCCUAGCCUUCUCUCUGCCCAUUUGGAUGCUGCGAAUAAGAGUUCUCACGAGUCAUCUCACCGAGCACCAGACGAUUUGUGAUCACCUGAAGGGUAGAACUACAAGUCCAAGUAGCGGUUGCUACCUGAGUUAUAGGGAAAUGGAGGAUCCCCUUAUCCAUGGCCUCGUCGUCCUGCUCCUCUUCAUAGUAACCAGCCUUCUUUUGAUUUGUCUCAAUCGUCGAGUGGUCAUCCUACUCUAUGUGGCCAUUGCGAUCAUGGGCUGUGUGAUCUUGAACUUUAUGAAGCAUCCCACCCUGAUACUCAUAAGUUUUUUCGCCAUCAUAGAUCCACCUAUGUGCACCAUCAGGCUGACAAGCUCCCUGCUCAUAGAUUUUCUACCCACUCAUCUUAGGGGUAAGGCCUUUGCCAUUACCACUAUGAUGGGUCGUUGUGGUGUUUUAAUGACCAGCUUGUAUGUUGGCUAUACCUUAUCGCACGCCUGCUAUGUAACCUUCAAUGUUUUUAUUCUGGUGCUCCUGGUCUGUGGCAUCCUCGUGUACUUGUUACCCGCAGAAUACAGAAAUGAUAGUUUUACAUCGGGAUGAGUAUUGUGUAAAUUGGUAAAUAAAAGUGUAUGUGACUUUGAUAAUCCCG